CGAGAUGACAUCAACUUCCCAAGAAACCUCCGUAAUCUCAAGCCUCAAUCAGGUUCGUUUCUAAUCCUCUUCAUUUCAAUGUAAGUUCUAAGCAUUCAGAACUGUUCUGUAAUAUACGUGGGAGUGUAGGCAAAACGUAGUGUAGGGAUUUCGUUUGUUUUUCGCGCGCUUGGUAGCAGUAAUGCGUAUGCACGAGUUGUCGCCGUUUGACAAUAAGCUUUGAUUCGUUGUUGCAUUUGACGUUUGGUCAGUACUGCCAAAACUUUUGCCAUCAGUAGGGAAGAUAAUUUUCGUGUUACUUCUCCGAUAACAGUGGUGAAAAGGUUGCGUUAUAUUGGUCUUUCACUAUAUUAGAACGUGCCGUUUCAGUUCGGCUAGAAUCAAUUGCUGUCACAAUGGAAAUGGAUCCUUGGUUAACGAACGGAAACGAAUGUCAGUCUGUUAAGACAAGCAAGUUUGAAGACGAUUUUGUCCCAUGUGAGAAGCUACCUGACAGUGAGGAAUAUUUGGCUACCCUAGAAAGAAAAUUAGCAAAAUUGAAGGAACGGCAGAGCAAGAAAGAUUUAGUGGAGUCUUUAGAAGAAACCAGGAAAUCUUGUAUGCUGAGGUUGGUAACAGAAGGAACUUCAAUUGCUGGUGUGCAAGAAGAUUUGGAUUUGGACAUUCCAGUCAACAACUCUCAUGCUAGUAGCACGUUACUGAGACACAUUGCUCCAGAACGACAAGCAUUAACAUUAGGUGAACUAGUAGAAUUACUGAAAGCCGAUCAACUUUCAGAGAAAUUGGCAGAAGACAAUUCUGAUAUAGAAGUCAGUAGCGAAGACCCUCAGAAGUGAACAAACUUUGAAAUUCACAAUGGCUUCUAAAUAUUUAGGCCUGCCCACAUAUUGCAUAGUGACAGGUGCUAGUCAAGGCAUAGGAUCAAAAAUUGCUGUUGAACUUUCUCGAAAAUUUGCCAAAGGCUCACUUAUUGUACUUUUAGCAAGAUCCGUUGCUGGCCUUGAUAAAACCAAAGAUCUCAUUUCAAAAGCCAAUCCAGAUAUUGUUGUUUAUACUCAUUCAGUAGAUCUUUCAAAACCCAAUGCUGAGGAAUAUGAAUCAAUUAUUGAUAAGUCAUUACGUGAUUCAGAUCUUUCUGCUUCAAAAUUUGAUCUAGGUUCAAUUGUUCAUAAUGCAGGAUCUGUGGGAGAUAUAAAAGAAUAUUGUGCAGAUAUGUCAGAUCCAAAAAAGAUGGAGGAAUAUUUCUCUCUCAAUCUUUUUUCUGUUAUGUGUCUUACUUCAGUAUUUUUGAAAAUUUUCCCAAAAGAUGUCGUUAAAAACCGAUUAAUUAUUAAUAUUACUUCUUUAUGUGCUGUUAAGCCAUUUAAAAGUUUGGGCUAUUACUGCAUAGGAAAAGCAAGUAGAGAAAUGUUUUUUAAAGUCUUAGCUGAAGAAGAUAAUAAUUUGAAAGUUUUGAGUUACUCCCCAGGACCUGUUAAUACUGAUAUGAUUUCUCACAUUAUGCUUGAUAUAAGAGACCCUGACACCAAAGAUUUGUUCACAACAAUGAAAAAAUCUGAAUCGAUUCUUACUACAGAACAAACUGUACUUCGCUUAAUCAACAUUCUGGAAAAAGGCAACUUUGUAUCAGGUUGCAGAAUAGAUUAUUUUGAUUCCGAUUAAUAGAUGUGAUUUCAAAUUUCUCACAAAACGCAUGAAACUUUUCGUGUGAAGUAUAUAGGAACAAAAAAGCAUUGAAAAAAGGAUUUGAUUAAUAUGGAACAAAUGGUAAAAUUAUCAAUUAUGCUUGAAGUUAUGCUUUGAGAAAUAUAGAUCUGAUCAAAUAGUACGUGUGUAGAUUUUUAUGCUUAAUAUUUAUGUUUUAUAAUUGUUCUGUUUAGAAACCUUCACUGAUAUGAGUUUAUGAAUAUUCUCUCUUGCAUUCAGCAUAUUUUUAUUGAUCAUUUCAUAAGAACUUCAAGCAGAAGUGUAAUUGUUUCUAUUUUAUAUUGAUGAACAGGUUGAACAAAUAUUUCAAUAUGUUAGAUGUAUAUUUAGAAUUUUUUAUAUAACACGAGGUAUGAGAGAAUGGUUAUCUUUGUUUGUUCAAAUCUUCUGUUUCUUCAAAUAAAUAACUUUCUGAUUUUUACUGCUGUUAUAAUACAAUGUGGUUAAUAUAUAUUUGUAUCAGAUCCGAGGUGAUUUUUAUUUCAAUAUGUGAUCCUUUUACUUCAACGAUAACUUUUUUUGUAAUUCAAAGGGGGAAUUGAAUAUUCUGUGAAAGUGAUAAAGAACACGUAAAAUUCAUGACUGACUUCAGUUCAGGUUCUUACUUGACCUAGGCAUUGAGUCAAGUUCAGUUCAGAUUUAGACAAUGGAAUGCAUCGACUAUUAAAGAAUGAAUAUCUGGCUUUAUUGUACAUUUUGAUCAAUAACAUUAACGAAAGUUUGUGAUGCAAGAAGGGGUUCCACUACAGAGUGGCCAGGGGGGAAAAGAACAAACUUAAUAAAAUUGAUGAUGGUGAAGGAUACGUUUUUACAGAAAAUAAAUUCAAUUUCAAUUAUAUUUUUAUUUAAAAAAUAUUACCUGAAUAAAUAAAAAUUAUACAAAAGAACAUUAUUUAUUUAAAUUUAUUCAGCUUGAUUCAAAAUUCACAAUUUAAGAUGUUUGCUGAUGGUGAAAUACGAUGCAAUUGUGAGGAGUGCUGACAAUGACCCAUUCAACACAAAACAUUUCCCAGG